AUUAUUCUGCCGGAUAUUCCAUCCGGCCAGUAUUUGUAUCCAUGCGGAAUCUCCAAUGAGGACGUACUCCAUUCUAUCACCCUCGAUCGGAGGCCACAAGGGAAGAGCUGCGACGGGGACGAUUGAGGAGGAACAGGAACGAGAUUGAAAUGAGUCCCCUCUGGGCUACUAGUGUGCUUUUCUUCUCCUUGUUCUUGGGGUCUCACGGCAGGCCACUGUAUCCGCUACCAAGUAAGCAACAGCACAAAGAGAAAAAGGCCUUGCAGACAUCGAGGCCUUACAACAUUGCUCAUCGUGGAUCGAAUGGAGAGAUUCCUGAAGAAACAGCUGCUGCUUAUAUGAGAGCUAUUGAAGAAGGUGCCGACUUCAUAGAAUCAGAUAUUCUUGCCACAAAAGAUGGUCAAUUGAUAUGCUUUCAUGAUGUAACACUUGAUGCUACAACUGAUAUUGCCAAACAUGCAAAAUUUGCCAAUCGCAAAAGAACCUAUGAAGUUGAAGGGUCUAAUAUGACUGGGUAUUUUGUGGUGGAUUUCACCCUUGCUGAACUUAAAUCACUUGGGGUGAAGCAGAGGUUUUCAUUCCGAGAUCAACAAUACAAUGGAAAGUUCUCAAUUAUCACAUUUGAAGAAUUUAUUGCCAUUGCACUUGAUGCCAAUAGAAUUGUUGGGAUCUACCCUGAGAUAAAGGAUCCAGUUUUCAUCAACCAGCGGGUCAAAUGGGCCAACGGAAAGAAAUUUGAGGACAAGUUUGUCGAGACACUACAGAAGUAUGGAUAUGGUGGUGCAUACAUGUCGACUGAAUGGCUUAAACAACCAGUGUUUAUUCAAUCUUUUGCCCCAACUUCUCUUGUGUACAUUUCAAACCUGACGGACUCUCCAAAAAUAUUCCUGAUCGAUGAUUUUGACAUACGCACACAAGAUACAAAUCAGUCAUUCUGGGAAAUUACUUCCGACAGCUAUCUUGAGUAUAUCGCAAACUUUGUGAUUGGUAUUGGACCUUGGAAAGACACAAUUGUACCUACGAAAAACAAUUAUUUGACCACACCAACUGAUCUUGUUGAUAGAGCCCAUGCACACAACCUUCAGGUACAUACAUACACCUUCAGAAACGAAAACUCUUACUUGCAUUUCGAUUUCCAUCAAGAUCCUUAUGCUGAGUAUGACUACUGGAUCAAGACGAUUGGAGUGGAUGGACUGUUUACCGACUUCACUGGGAGUGUCCAUCAGUAUCAAGAGUGGGCGCAGGCAUCUGCAACAAAUGAAGCAAGUGCUCUUGGCUUAUUGCAUAAGUUGGCGCUUAUGAUCUCCUCGUUCGAAGGAGAAGAAUGAACAUAUAUUAUCCUGUGUGUCAAUCUCCCUCUCCCUUCUCGCGUCGUCUCAACAGUAAAUCCAGAAUGUUUGUAAAACAAGUGCUGUAAAAUUGACUUAUCGAUUUGUCUGAAUUUUUCAGCAAAAGUCGUCUCUUUAAAUGGAACUUGGGGUGAUAUUCUUAUUA